GAGGUCACGACGUUGUGCGGCGCGCAGGCGUCAGCAAGCUGCGCCGCCCCACUCCGCGCCGCGCGGCGCCGCGCCUUCGGGGUGCUUUUGGAGCUGGUAAUUGGGCAGAGCUACUCGGGAUUUAUUGUCUUCGCUUCACAGGGUCUGUUUGAGUCAUGUCCACCGGACCCUACCCGGGGUACCUUUGAAAACAAACGGGCUCUGUUGCUUGUCGGUACCCUCUCCUGACGCCUCCGUCGCCCGGGUCAUGUGGACCCUCGUGAGUCGGGGCUGGGGGUGCGCACGCACUCUCGCGCGGUGGGCCACUGGGGCCGCGCUUGGGCCCGCGCCAAGCUUUGGGGCUGCUCCAGAGUCCUGGCCUACCUGCAGGCUCUACAGCUCCGCAGAAUUCAAGGAAAAACUUGACAUGUCUAGGUUUCCUGUUGAAAAUAUUAGAAAUUUCAGUAUCGUUGCACAUGUGGAUCAUGGCAAAAGUACUUUAGCUGACAGGCUCCUAGAACUUACAGGGACAAUUGAUAAAACAAAGAAUAAUAAGCAGGUUCUUGAUAAAUUGCAAGUGGAACGAGAAAGAGGAAUCACUGUUAAAGCACAGACAGCAUCUCUUUUUCACAAUUGUGAAGGAAAGCAGUACCUUUUAAAUCUCAUUGAUACACCGGGCCAUGUUGAUUUUAGUUAUGAAGUAUCCAGGUCACUUUCUGCUUGCCAGGGUGUUUUACUUGUGGUUGAUGCAAAUGAGGGUAUUCAAGCCCAAACUGUAGCAAACUUCUUUCUUGCCUUUGAAGCACAGCUAUCGGUAAUUCCAGUUAUAAAUAAGAUAGAUCUGAAGAAUGCUGAUCCUGAAAGGGUUGAAAACCAAAUUGAGAAAGUGUUUGAUAUUCCAAGUGAUGAAUGUAUUAAGAUUUCUGCUAAACUUGGAACAAAUGUUGAGAGUGUUCUUCAGGCAGUUAUUGAAAGAAUCCCCCCUCCUAAAGUGCAUCGCAAAAAUCCCCUGAGAGCUUUGGUAUUUGACUCCACCUUUGACCAAUAUAGAGGUGUGAUAGCCAAUGUAGCAUUAUUUGACGGAGUGGUUUCCAAAGGAGAUAAAAUUGUAUCUGCACAUACUCAAAAGACAUACGAAGUUAAUGAAGUAGGAGUUUUGAAUCCUAAUGAGCAACCAACUCAUAAAUUAUAUGCAGGACAGGUGGGCUAUCUGAUUGCUGGGAUGAAAAAUGUCACUGAAGCGCAAAUAGGAGAUACAUUAUAUUUACAUAAGCAACCAGUGGAGCCCUUGCCUGGGUUUAAAUCAGCGAAACCAAUGGUAUUUGCAGGAAUGUAUCCUGUAGACCAGUCUGAAUAUAACAACCUGAAGAGUGCUAUAGAAAAACUAACUUUAAAUGAUUCCAGUGUGACAGUUCAUCGGGAUAGUAGUCUUGCUCUGGGUGCUGGCUGGAGGCUAGGAUUUCUUGGACUUUUGCACAUGGAAGUUUUCAACCAGCGACUGGAGCUAGAAUAUAAUGCUUCUGUUAUUUUAACAACCCCUACUGUUCCAUAUAAAGCUGUACUUUCAUCAUCAAAAUUGAUAAAGGAAUAUAGAGAAAAAGAAAUUACAAUUAUCAAUCCUGCACAAUUCCCCGAUAAAUCAAAAGUAACAGAAUAUUUGGAGCCAGUUGUUUUGGGCACUAUUAUCACACCAGAUGAAUACACUGGAAAAAUAAUGAUGCUUUGCGAGGCUCGAAGAGCAGUUCAGAAGAAUAUGAUAUUUAUUGAUCAAAAUAGAGUUAUGCUUAAAUAUCUCUUUCCUUUGAAUGAAAUUGUGGUAGAUUUUUAUGACUCUUUGAAAUCCCUAUCUUCUGGAUAUGCUAGUUUUGAUUACGAAGAUGCAGGCUACCAGACUGCAGAACUUGUGAAAAUGGAUAUUCUACUGAAUGGAAAUAAUGUAGAGGAGCUAGUAACUGUUGUACACAAAGACAAAGCACACUCAAUUGGCAAAGCCAUAUGUGAACGGCUGAAGGAUUCUCUUCCUAGGCAACUGUUUGAGAUAGCAAUUCAAGCUGCUAUUGGAAGUAAAAUCAUUGCAAGAGAAACUGUGAAAGCCUAUAGGAAAAAUGUUUUGGCAAAAUGUUAUGGUGGUGAUAUUACCCGAAAAAUGAAGCUUUUGAAGAGACAAGCAGAAGGGAAAAAAAAGCUGAGGAAAAUUGGCAACGUUGAAGUUCCAAAAGAUGCUUUUAUAAAAGUGCUAAAAACACAAUCUUCUAAAUAAUUGGUGGGAAAACAAAGAAUUUUCAUAAAUUAAAAACUAUCUGCUUUUCAUUUCAAUUUGUAAUAUGCUGACAACAGAAUGGUAAUUAUAAAAUUUGCUUGUUACUUUCAGGGUAUUCAGGUUCAAAUAACCUAAGCCUUUCGUUGAAAGGGAGUAAUGAGUGGGUAGAUUAAGAGGUUAGAUUUUGAAGCCAUGUUGCCUGUUCUCAAGUACCUGUUCCAACCACUCACUAGUAAGGUGACCUUUGCCAAAUUAACCUUUGUUUCCUCUUGAGUAAAACAGAGAUUAUAUACUACCUACAUAA